AUGGACGAGUUCAUUUCCUUACUCCAAGCGAAGCUCAAACGAUAUCCAAACAAUGACACACUCAAACGUGCCGUCUCUUUGAUCACAGACCCAGGUCAAGAACAUGACAGUUCGACUUUCCAGGAUAGCCUUCAAGCAAGUUUCAAUGAGCUCCAGACACAAGACAUAUGGGAGGGCCCCGAUGAAUCCCAUCGACUGUCUGAGAAGCUGUCUCUCGCCCUCGGGAAGCUGUCUGGUCUUUCCGACGCAUCAGGGGCACAGCACUCGGAUAAGUUCUCCAUUGUGCCACCCCCAGAUCUCGAUGCCGGCACUCUCUUCCACACCCCGGCACACCCACGACUCCUGCCGCCAGAACUCGUCGACCUCUUGAACCAUACCUGCCUUCUUCAUUUACUCGCUACAGAUUCUGACAAAGUUGUACAGCCUGGAAAGUCUCUCGUCUCGGUCCUCUCUCGGCCUAGAAGCGAGAGACGCUCAGAAGGGAGGCACACUCUGCACGGGAAAGUAGAGGAUAUUGUGCACAAGGCCUUUUGGGACCAGGCUAUUGAAGCUUUGUCCAACCCCGAGCCUUCAAUACAGCUCCUCAGACUGAAGGGCCUGUACAAAGACAUUCACGAAGCGCUUUCUCCCCUAUUCCCACAGCGUCAUUCCAUCAUAGCCUUCCUAACAUCGCCUUUGCCGCCUACUUCGUCACCCCUGAUCUCAGCAUUGGGGCAGCUACGCGAUAUUCUUCACGGUCUCCUGGAACGUUGCGCGCCGGCCCGAGACCAGGAUAUCCACAGCCUCAUCAACGCAUUGGACUUUCAUUCUUCUCAGGUGUCUAGGACAGAGCUAGCCUCCCUUGUUGCUAAUACUGUCAAGUCAAUUCUGAAGUUAUCGGAUGUAAUGAAAGAUGAUGUCUCCCAAGUCAUGCUUUCUGGCGUUUCUGAGGACCAGGCGCGGCACAUGAUCGCCCAAGAAGCGAAGAAGCUAGAGCGUUCCGUGACAUUGGAGAUUUGGGGUCCCGAGUGCCUCAUCGCGGAAUGGGAGGCAUGGCUUCAACUCAAGCCUUCGAAAUCAGUGCUGAGCGGAAUGAAUGUUGAACCGAGCCGCCGGUGGAUUUCACGUCUUCUUGAAUGUUUGUCUCAGAACAAACCGGUGGUGUGCGCAUUACCUGAAGACAAUCUCUCAGAGUCAGGCGAGGACAUCAACGAGCUUCCACCUGUCUUCUUCUUUAAUGGACCUGCACUGGUAUAUCUUCAAAACUUCCUUCAGGCCUUGGUUAUCGCUGCGUCGCUCCGCUCCCUCAUUCGCCUAUCGCCUCCCUCUAAGGGUGUCAUUCCACCAGAAAACUCUCAGUCUGUACCAAACAUAUGGGAACCAAGGUUAUUUAUGGAACGCGUCUGGCCACUUCUCAAAGCCGAGGUAGAUGAAGAAGAGGGAGCGUCGGACACCAAGUUGGUCAAUUUGGCAGAUGAAGUCCUGCACGCUCAGGAGCUCGCUGCCAGUGCCAGCGGCAUCACGCUUAGCACAGAAGAAAAAACGAGACUGCGUGCUGCUGUUGAUCGGACACUGCGACCAGAUGAUCCUGCUUUUGCGCUGUUGCAGCGACGGCUCUAUCACGCCCUUGUUGGAUGGACCGUACAAGCGCAGAUGCGCCCACGCGACGCAGAGAUGCCUAGAGAGAUGAGAGCGGGGAGGCGACCAAGGCUCUCGACGGACCUCGAUCGCGAAGGCAUCCGGACGAGGACAGAGCCUCCGCGCAUCUUAGCCAUUCGAGGAUUUGAGGAUCCCGUCCUUGCACGCGCAGUAGAGGAGGCUUUCAAGAAGUUUCUGGAGAACGUUCUUUGGACCAACAGCGUUUGGCACGAUAUACUCAGCUCUGGAAGGAUGUCCACUAACUAAUCAUUGUAUAUACCAAUACCUUGUAACCAGUAAGGACGAUGUAAUUCACCUAAUCUAAUAUUCG